UAAAUUGCUAAUUUUUUGUAACUUUUUUCAAGUUAAAUUAAUCUCCAAAGAUGAAAUUAAGUAAUUUACCAGAUAACUUUUUUGUAGAACAAUAGGCAAAAAGUUUUAAUAUUGCCUCAGUAUAAACCCGAACAUCUCACAUGAAUGAAAUUAACCAAUCGAAUUAAAAACAAAAUCAACACUUCACCGACAACUUAUAUUUACAUUGGAAACACAAUCCCAAGAACAUGCAGUAGACUUAAACUUAAACAUGAGAAAAAAGAAAUAUACUAGUCUAGACUUAAUAGAUUUUUCUCACAAAUAGAAAUAAAUGACUAUAUAGUGUAAAGAGAUCAUAUUGAACAUGUCUAAAGUUGCUAGAAUACCAGGUUAUCAGAGUAAAAAUCCAAAACAGAAUAGAGGAAUUAUUGGAGACAGGGAAAUUCGCUUCAAAUGUUCCCUACAGAAUGUAAUAUUAGACGUGCUACGUGGACGACCAGGCUGGACAGAAGUACCAGGUCCUAAUAGUCAGGUACCAGCAGCCCAACAGGGCACCAGGCCAUCAAAUCAGCAAACUUCAGGUCUCACUCAGACAGGAAACCAGUCAAGACCAAGCAAUACUGGAAGUUCUCAGUCAUCAAAUAUUAUAGUCCCAAGUCGAUUCAGUCGACCUAUUCAGCCGGUGGCACCACAAGCCACACAGAUCAAUGCACAAGGACGAUUAGGUUUCCAAAGUUUACCUCCAAUUCCUAGAAAUAGUGAUGGGGACUGGGAUUUUUAUUGGUGUGAUAGAGAAUGGCUGCAUCAGAACUAUGAUACCAUGUUUUUACAUGAACACCAGAAAAUACUGCAUUUCAGAAACCAUUAUGAGUUGACAAGAAAAAACCUAAUGGUAAAAAAUCUAAAGAGAUUAAGAAAACAAACUGAGAGAGAACAAGGAAAGACUGAAGCACAAAGUUUUGAUUUUUAUCCAACAACAUAUGAACUUCCUUCAGAAUAUCACAUUUUUGUGGAGGAAUUUAAGAAGAAUCUUGGGAUCAUUUGGAUAAUGAAACCAGCAGCCAAGUCACAGGGCAAGGGAAUCUUCUUGUUCAGGAGAUUGAAAGAUAUUACAGACUGGAAAAAGGGAGAAUAUCAGCCAUUAUCAGACCAGACCAGAGAUGUACCAGAAACUUAUGUUGUACAGAGAUAUAUAGAAAAUCCACUCUUAAUUGGUGGUAGGAAAUUUGAUGUCCGAGUUUAUGUUUUAGUCUGUUCAUAUAAUCCAUUAAAAGUCUGGCUGUAUCGAGGAGGUUUUGCCAGAUUUUCUAAUACCAGAUUUUCUCUAGAUUCCAUCGAAGAUACAUAUGUACAUUUAACCAAUGUGGCUGUACAGAAGAAUGCCCCAGAUUAUGACCCUGAGAAAGGUUGUAAAUGGUCUACCCAACAACUGAGGAAAUAUCUGGCAGCCAAACAUGGUGUAGAUAAGGUACAGAAGAUGUUUAAAGCUAUAGAUAACAUAAUAAUAAAGAGUCUACAAAGUGUUCAGAAGAUUAUAAUUAAUGACAAACAUUGUUUUGAGAUGUAUGGUUAUGAUGUACUUCUGGAUGAUGACUUAAAACCGUGGUUAAUAGAAAUCAAUGCUUCACCCUCUCUGACUGCCAGUGGAAAGGAAGAUUAUGAUCUCAAGUUUGGUCUCAUUAGCGACCUUCUAAAUGUCCUUGACCUUGAAAAUAGAUUAACAGGUAAAGAGAAGAGAAUUGGUGGUUGGGAUCUUCUUUGGGAUGAUGGACCUAUUGUAGCAGACGACAAUAUGGAUUGUACACCUGCUAAUGGCUCAGCAGUAUCUACACCUAACUCUUAUCUAGGUUGUUUCAAUGACAGAAAAAAGCAGUUAAGAGAAAUAUACCUGACAGCACAAUCAGUUAAAAAGUCAUAGUAGUCUUCAAUAUC